GUAGAGAGACGCCUGAGCGUAGAGUCAAAAACUCUGGAAGGCGGGUCACCGCUGGCAGCUUUAAACAGAUUAGGCAUUAUUUCCCCACCAGCAGAACAAGGUGUAAACUGCUAUUUGUGUGGGCAGAUCUUUUGGGUACACACACUGUGACCUCGGGGUCGUGAUGGAUGACCUUUAGUGUGUGACCCCCCUGGAUACGUCAGCUGGUUCUGGAUUUCAUUAGUUGUUGUUUUGUUUUGUAACUAUGCUCUGUUUCCUGGUACUAUCAUCGGUAGCUGUUGUGAGGGAGAUUUUCUUCCGAUGGAAACUGUCGAGUCAUUGAGACGAAUGUUUCUUCAAAGUGGGCUUUAAAAUUGAUGAACCAAACAACUUUCCUUUAGGAGUCCAAAAGGAAACGAGAAUACUUAAUAACAAGGGAGUCUACUUGCUGCCAGGAAACUGAAACUCCCAGAUUCAAGAGCAGCAACCAUCCAUCAUCUAACUCUGACAGCUUGAGAGUUACCAUUCUUUUCGCCUUCCCUAGAUUUCUGACACGUUUGGGGGAUAAAUUCUUUUAAUGAGAUCCUGUCCAAACUGUCUUCUUCUAGCCGAGGAGAGAAAAAACGAAUAGAAAAGUUACCGGGGAUAAUGUUACGAAACUAUUUGAUUGGACUUAACGUUUUCUGCACAAUGAACUUUUGUUGGAGCAGUUCGGAGAUAAAACAUCUGUUGCCACUUUAGCACUUUUUUGUGUUGGUGUGUGAAAGGGAAAGACAGCAGUCUCGUCUUGGAUGUCUGACAUCGCAAACUUGUCUAUUGAUUCGUCCUGGUCUCAAACAAACGUGAAGGCUAAUUCAGGGUUGAGUAACUCGAUCGUCGAUUGUUCUGCCUACUUAUCUGCCCUUGUCAGCCAUUUGAGAGGGGGGAAAAAAGGCAAUUUUUUUCCCUUGGCCUGCGUUCAUUAAAUGUCAGUAGUGCUAUUCCACACAUGCUGAGCAACCAAUUGAUAAAACAAUCACUGGACGCCAUCUUGGGCACUGAAUCGUCUUCUUUUAUUAAAAGGAUAGCAUCUUCAAAGAUUGAAGGUAAACCAUUUGUUGGACCAGGGAAGCGUUGAGUUGUUUGCAUAUAGAAAUCAAUUACGUAUCUGGAUGAGUCAUAAUAUCUUAAGGAAACAACCAGAAUAUAGUAAAACACACACACACACACCACAAAACACCGCACAAUUGUCAUUACCAGUCAAGACCACCCCACAGAUUAUAUUGUUUAAAGGCUAAUCCUAGGUCAACAGCAAGUUAUCAUUUGAAAUUAUUUAUGUCCUCAUUCCUAGUUUCAGUUUUAAAGUUCAGCAACGUGUGCUCUAAAUACACCCACGUAUCAUCAAUAACUGGAGAGAGUUUUGGCUUGCACUUGCAAUAGAUCAAAUCUUGUACACCUGACACCUUUCCCAGUACAACUGCACCAAGCUCUUGUCAAUCAAAGUUUCUGCCAUCAGUUGCAAACAAUCAGGUAAGACUACUUCUCACGAUUCAUCAGGCUGACAAUGAUAAUUAUUGCAUUUCACGCCCUUGGCUUGACUUGCCAUGACGUCAAGCCAGGAUUUCAAUCAUUGAGAAGCACAUUUGGAGUGAAUACUUUGUGACUUAUUGUGGCAGUCUUUUUGACCUUCUGAAUUUAUUUCAAUGGCUUCGUAGCAAGUUGUGUGUAUGUAGGACAAAAAAUGACUGUUUUCAAAGGCAUUUAUUAUCAAUCGGGACAUGGGAGGUGGUGAGAAAUGUAGUACCAUCUUUAAUAAUCCCCCUAACAUGAGGCGCAGUUUCCGCCGCUGGUUUCGCUCCUGCUCCAUAGCUUUUCCGGCAGUCCUAUUCCUCUACGUCACUGUCUUUCACAACGGCUUUCUCUUUGCGGCCAUCACUUACGGAACCGGACCUCUGGAUGACGUCAUCGCCAACAGCAAUAAAGGUUUCCGUAAGCUGCUGGAGGAGGGUCUCUUAGAGAGGGACCGGUACAACGGGACGGUGCCCGUUCAUCGCCUUCCCCAAUCUAUUAUUAUUGGGGCGAGAAAGUGUGGCACUCGGGCUCUGAUAGAGUUCCUUGAGCUGCACCCUCAGAUCAACUCACCCACGGACGAAAUGCAUUUUUUCAGCAAUGACACGAACUACAAAAUGGGUCUGGACUGGUACCGCAAAAAGAUGCCGCUGUCCUAUCCAGACCAGAUCACCAUCGAGAAGACGCCGAGGUACUUUAUCUCCAAGAUCAGCCCGAGCAGGGUGCAUCGCAUGAACAGCUCCGUCAAGCUGAUCGCGAUUUUGCGGCACCCCACCACUCGGGUCAUCUCCGACUACACCCAGAUCUGCGCCAACAAAAUGGCCAAGAACGAGACGGCCGAGGCGUUUGAAUACUUGGCCUUAAACCGCCAGACGGGCCAUAUUAAUCCAGAGUACAGGGCCAUAAAGAUAAGUAUGUAUCACCUGCACAUCGCAAGGUGGCUAGAGCUGUUUCCCCUCAAACAGCUGCACAUUGUGGAUGGUGACAAUCUUAUUGUGAAUCCCCUGGAAGAGAUUAGGAAGGUAGAGACAUUUCUGAACUUGCCUCACCGCAUCAGCAAAGACAGUUUAUAUUUCAACAACACUCGAGGCUUCUACUGCAUGCGGAAAACGAAAAACGGACCCGAAAAAUGUUUGGGCGCCAACAAGGGGAGAAAACACGCGAACAUUAGUGAGAAAAUCAUUCACAAAUUGGAUAAGUUUUUUAAGCCACAUAAUGAGAGGCUGUUUAAACUUAUUAAAAGACGAUUCAGGUGGAGGUGAUAAUUCUUAGGAAUUGUAUAACAUGUUGCCAACUGCCCUCAUUUUUUUCAUGUUGCCAAUUUGUUUUUUAAGGAAUGUCGAUUUUUUUCUUUAUAUCCUUUGGUGCUGAAUGUUCACGAAAAAGUGCAAUACUAAAUGCUAUAUACAUUUUUUUGGUUUUGUACAUAUUUAUAGGUACAAAAGUUUUCAUCAGUAUUGAUUUUUGUCUAUAGGCCUAUUUAAUUUGUUUGUUUUUUUAAUUAGCAGAACUCUACGCAAAUACAACUGAAGUUGGCAUGGGGUGGUGUUGUAAGAUAUCCUUUAGCCUCCGCAAAAUCUUAGAAAUAUUCAUUCUGAAGUUCAUUCUGGUUGAUCUUAUGAUGUAUAUAUCUAUAUACAAUACACACCGGCUUUGUCCGUUUAUUUGUGAGAUUCCAAUAACCCCCCCCCCCCCCCCCGAUACACACAUUCACAUACUUUAGUUUAUAUAUAUAUAUAUCACCUAUCCUUUAGUCUGGAGAAUCGUUUGGAUACCACACUUUGUCUGUCGACCGUCUUUCGUCAUUUCAGUCUUUUUCCUUGGAUAGAAUGUCAAUGACAGGCCCGUCCAUUCUUUGACGUUGUCUCCCUGUCGCUUUUUCUGUCUGCCUCAUCUUCUUUUCCCUGGUACUGUUCCCUUUAGGAAUGUCUUUGUGAGCUCUGAGAACGUUGUGAUAUGGCCAUACAGUUCAGUUUGCUUUACAGUGGUUAACAAGUCACCAUGCGACCCUGUUCCCCGCUGUGAUCCUGUUCUUAAUAUCUACAUUGGCGAUGCGCCAAUGUAGGUGAUACCUAGGAUCUUUCUGUAGCAUGAUACCAGGAUCUUUCUGUAGCAUGAUACCUAGGAUCUUUCUGUAGCAUGAUACCAGGAUCUUUCUGUAGCAUGAUACCAGGAUCUUUCUGUAGCAUGAUACCAGGAUCUUUCUGUAGCAUGAUACCAGGAUCUUUCUGUAGCAUGAUACCAAGAUCUUUCUGUAGCAUGAUACCAGGAUCUUUCUGUAGCAUCUAUAUUCCAUCCUCCCCUCUAGUUCUGCAAUCAGCGUCCAAGAUUCGAAAGCCUAUAAGAAUGUGGCCAUGGCCGGGGAGCGCAUCAGUCUGAUUUUAGCGUCUAGGGUUAUGCCUUUGUCUUACCAGAUUGUUUUGAGUUUUGCAAGGGCUGCUGUGGAUCAGGUUUGGUUCCUUCGUCUGAAAGCAUAGCUCCGAGGAAGCCUAAUUAAAACUACUGACACUUGUCAGCUUUUCGUCUCCAAUACUGAUAUCCCUUUUAAAGCCCUGUUGGCUAUUGGUCAUCAUAUGCUACGGAAGUCUUGUCUAUGGCAUCACCAAGUCAGCUAAUUAUUCCUCUGACCAUGCUAGACCAUCUAUGUCAACCACAUAGCACAAGUUAGCACUUCUUCCUCCAAUGCUUACAGUAACUUUGUGACCUUCAAGAGCAUCUUUCAUUAUACUAUCAAGGAAGAUAUGGAACAGAGUUGGUGAAAGUAGACUGCCUUGUCACAUUUCAGCUGUUAUUUGUUAAAGUACACAGCACUAGUAGCCUGCUUGUAGAGGUUCUGGAUUAAGUCUAUUAUGUUUGUAUUUAUGUUGUCCUUUGGCGUUGUCGCCCAGAGUGUCCUAUGUCAUACUGUGUCGAAAGCUUUCUUAAAAUCAAUAAAGACAUGGACAAGAUUUUCUUGGUGUUGGAGGUAUUUCUCACAGAGUAUCCUGAGGUUUAGGAUUUGUUCUGCUGUGCUGCGGCCUUGACAAAAAACUCGCUAGUUCUGAUAUAAUAAUAAGAAGAAGAUGAUUUUACCUUUCUUACCUUUACCUAUCCCUUAGUCUGUUGGACCGUUGGGGCACCAGGCAAGAUUUGUCCACCGUCUUUCUCCAUUCCUACUUUACAGCUAGGCCAAAAUCAAAAGUUUUGUAUUUCAGUUAAUAUUAGCUGAGUGUAAUUCAAUAUUGAAAAGGCCUCAAUGUUAAAACAAAAGGUUGUUUGUUUGUUUUUUUUGUUUAGGCCAAAUACUGCCAUUCCCUUAUUUCACAUGAUCAUAUGCAUACAUUAUCUUAUGUUACUUUAAAAAAGUAUCACUCUGCAAUACACACUGUCACUUAUAAGAAAUACAUUGGGUUUAUUCCUAAGGUUAAAUAAGUCUCUAUGUUCCACUUCUGCUAUGUUUAGACAGAACCCAAAGUGAAUAUUUAAGUUGUGCUGGAAAGAAUUGUUUUUAAUUUGACUCUCAAUGCAAUCACUAGAUUGAACAAAAUAAAUUAUAGUGGUGCUACCAUUGUCCACAUUGAUUUCUCUUAAUGGAAAUCUAUUGCCAUUGUGUUGUCUAGUCACUGCCAUUUUGUUAGAGACAUUUUUUUUUAAAAGACAUAUAGUACAGCAACAGUGUUUAAACCAGCGGUUCUCAACCUUUUUAGCUCUGCGUCCCCCUAAUACAAUUUUCCACUUGGCUGCGACCACCAACCAUGAACCUUUUUCGUUCAUUGGCUUAAGCAAAUGUGAUUUAGCUAGUGUUAAAUUUUCUUCACUAUGUGAUUAGAUCUUUUCCAUAGAAAUGUUUCAUCUUGCAAUGGUGUUACAACUCAUUUGAUGGACAGUAAUUUCAGAUGUUGAAAAAGUAUUCUGCAACAACGGAGAUGUGGUCCGCAAUAAAUAUUUUCGAAUAACAAUUAUAAAAAAACAAAAAGAAAGAAGUAACUGCCAAUUAAAAUCACGCCUACGUUCAAUGAUGAUACAUUCACUUCAAGUAUCCUUCGUAUCCCCUGGCUAUAUGUCAGUGCUCUUAGAUCUAUCUUGGUUAUUCCCACUUUUAUUUUAUUGAUACUUGACAAUUGUUUCAUAAUUUGUUUAAUAAUAAUAUAAUCUGAAUAAUUUCCCAAUUCUACAGCUUUUAAAAUGUAAAUGUAUAUUGACUAAGUACAAAUAUGCUUGUUACACAUUAGAGACACACACAAUAUAUAUAUAUAUAUAUAAACUUCAGAUGAAAAAUAGCCCCUCUUAAAAAAUAUCAAUUUUCAGAUGUUCUUAGGCAAGUCCUCGCAAAUAGUCAUGCGAUCCCCCAAAGGGGUUGCCACCCACAGGUUGAGAACCCCUGGUUUAAACUGAGGAAGUUAACCAUGUCAAUAAAACUGAGACUAUUUGAGACUAUUUGGAAACUGUAAACAUAAUGAUGUUAUUAUUUGUUUUGUUUAUUUUGAAACAAUUACUUAUGUGGCUAUGGACUGGCCUAACUCCUAGUCAGACUAGUUGAAUGUCUAUGUACUAGCAGAUCUGUAUGGUUUAAGAAAGGGGGGUUGGGAAUAGUUGUUCAAAAAAAACUGUAAACACCAUUCUCAAAUUGAAAUAGAGUGAAAACUCUUUAACUACUUUAUGACACAAUAUCUUAUAAUAAAAUGUUUACGGGAAUUUCUUAGUAAUUACAUACACACAAGAGAUUUUGCCUUGUUUUUUUGUAUUUUUGUUUCAGAAAAAGUCCAUUUAUUUUUGUUUUAUUUUUGACUUUCUUUUCUCUUUUAAUUUCCACUUUCUCUAGUCUACCUUAAGUUUUCACUUGACAGAUUGUUGUCAGUUUAAAAAAUAAUUAUAUCUUUGUGUCAUUUCUUACACUAUUCACACUGACGUCCCAUUCAGAGAAUUGGGAAACAACAAUGUUGUAUGUAGCCUCGGAGGCUAAGUAAUAGAGAAAAAACAUUAAGCUUAUUUAUAAACAUAUUUUUCCAGCUUUCAAUGACCAAUGUAUAAAUGUUAGACAUUUCUAAAGGUAAAAUCCUUUAAAACUCAUUACACUAACAUCAUCUAUUAUCCUUAUUUAUUAUAAAGCUCAAUUGAAUUGUAAUGUAAAUGUGACCCUGUUGAAAGCAUUUAGUCUUGUGAAAGUUUGGAAUUCAAGAAAUGUUUAUGUAUUAAUGAAUAUUACCCUUCAAAUUGCAAACUCCCAUAAUCCAAGUGGAAUAGCGUGCAGUCACGGUAUGGUGUACACCCAUCUAGUCACUUUUAAAAAUGACUCCUACAAAGGGCAGUCACUGCUAACUAGUCAAUAUAGGUUUUGACUGGAGACAAAAACCUUGGAAAUAAUAUUCUGAUCACAAACGUCUAAUCCUUUAGUACACAGUACCAUUGUAAAUGCACAAUAACAUGUCAAUGACAUACCUUUAAAUACUAAAUGUCUACUUUGUAACAAUAAAGACCAUUUGUUUUUUGCUUUGAUAAUUUGUUGUCCUUAAACUAACUAUAAAAACCUAUUGAGAAAUGCCUUUUUCAUUUAAAAAUAUUCUUCAUGCUGAAUGUAUGCAUUUGUAAACUCUUAAGAUGCUUAGAAAGUCAGAAUUGUAGAGCAAAGAUAAAAUAGCUAACAAAAAAUCUAUUAUCCCCCUCUAGUUAUGCCAUCCGGCCAAGUUGUUUCUUUUUAGGCUGAGCUUUUCUUUUUUAAGGGAGUGGAGGUGAAAAUAGGGAACAUUGAUUAUGUAAAUAAACAAAUAUUAUGUUUAGUUGAAAUGGUUAAGUGGCAUUGACAAUUUGGUGUAGCAUAAACUCCGGUGAUAAGCUGCAAGUUAUGAGCACUAUGCUAUGACUGUAACAACUUAAGAUUUUUUUCUCUGACCAAACGGUCUGUGCAGCCUUGUAUAAAAUUUCAACAAAUACCCAGAAAGUGCAGCUGAGAGCAAUUGUCAAUGCUAAAAAAGUUACUCUCCAUAUAGGACAAAUUUUUCUUUUUGUUGUUUUGUUUUUAAGAGAUGACUAGUCACUGUAUUAAGUUUUAUAAGUUUCUAACUCUAAGCUCUUAAAAACUUCCCACAUAGCCAUUAUGUGUGAAAUGACAACAAUGUAAGCUUGUAUGUUGAUACAGCACAUGAAAUGUGUAGUUAGCACUCACUGUAUUCUAAAUGUAUGUAUUUCCUUGCACUAUGUGCAUGAACACAUCCAACAAUGUCAAUAGAAGCACACUAGUACAUUUAUGUUUGCUAAGGUGAAGUGGUGUAUAGAAGUCAUAUUUAUUGUACUAAUAUUUGACAGCAUUGAAUCAUUGUAUGUUGCAUUGAUUAUAUGCAUUUAUUAUUGAUUAAUAAAAACAAGGAAAAAAAUACAAAAUUAUUUACAUAAUUGAACAGGAAUUAUUUUUCUUUCUCUGAAUUCAUAAAAAUGUAAAAUGAACUCUGCACUCCUUCCCACUGGAUUUGACUCUUUGAAGAGAACAAUGAAAUUAUGGAAGAUCUCUUCAUGUCCAUCAACAUGGAGUAACAAAGAUGUUGGAACCCUUCAGAGAACACCUUGUCAAAUUUAUAGAAAUUAUUUUUAAGCAAGUAUUUCAUUAUAAUAAGGGCAUCAUGACAAGAGCUAUUUCAGCUCAAGAGGGUUAUAAAUAAUUGCACUAAAAAUGGCUGUAAAGAGAUGACUGUCAAAGUUCAUUAUGCCUACUGCUCCAUUACACUCUCUCAGCAAAUCUCUAUUUCAACAAAAUCCACAACAGAAAAUACACUAGUGAAUAGCACUAUAAUUCUAGUCUAUUCUUUCCAGCUUAGUUUAUGCUUCAACUGUUGGUAUGUGUUUUUUCAACAAAAAAAAAUUGUUUUAUCCAGAUUUCUAUAUCAUACAAACAAAUAAAAAACAAAAAAAUAAUAUUUUUUUUUGCAUUUAGUGUUCUGCAAA